AUGAAGGCCAAAAGCAAAGGUGCGAAACGUCGGCACGCGAUCCCCGAAGACGCCUUGCGUCAAGAGCCAGCCCCUGGCGGGGAGGAACUCGGGAAAUGCUUGCGGCGCAAAGAGAAGAGGAACAAUGAGGGCCAGAAGAGCCCUUCCAGGCCCGCGAAACUGCCUUGGGGAGGGAGCAAAGACAGGCGCUUGCGGAGGCUGGAGAGCAACGAGCGGGAGAGGCAGCGCAUGCACAAGCUCAAUGCUGCCUUCCAGGCCUUGCGGGAGGUCAUCCCCCAUGUGAGGGCGGAGAACAAGCUCUCCAAAAUCGAGACCCUCACCUUGGCCAAGAACUAUAUUAAGUCUCUCACCUCGACCAUUCUCCGGAUGUCCAACGGGCACAUCCCUGCUGCCGAGGCCCCCGGUGCGGGGAGCAGGUCCAAACUGUACGAACACUACCAGCAGCACUGCGGGGAAGACGACGAUCCCGCGGGGCAGCUGCAGAAGUAUUCCACCCAGAUCCACAGCUUCAGGCAAGGCAGCUAG